CACGGGGCGCCUGCCUACGGGAAGUUCACGCGCCGGGGAGCGGGUUGGUUUAAAGCGCUGUUUUAGUUCCAUGGAAACUGGCCCUCCUGCUGCCGGACAGAGCCACAGGCGGACAGACGGACUGUGGGGUGCAUAUGGAAACUGCAAUGUCCAGACCGGUUGUCUCCCCAACCCACGUCAAUGCUACAGCUUCUGAAACAUUCACGGUACUUCAGCAAAGGAUGAGAAUAGUUGAAGAACAGACCAGUUCUCUGAGGGAUGACCUAAUAAUGUUGGACUUCGGUGAAAAAAGAGGCCAGUUUGAAACUCCAAAAUGUUUAGAAGCACCUGGGAACCAGAACAUCAUUUGUCCUAUCCAGAAUGAAGUAAUUUGUUCAGGAAAAACAGACAUUUUGUGGAAGAACUGUGAGUUUCUGGUAAAUCGAAUGUGCCAUCUGGAAAGCCUCAUCCAGUCCUUGAAGAUGAACAUCUUUCAUCUGCAAACUGAAAAGGAUUUGAAUCCACAGAAAAGAGCUUUUCUGAGGGAUCAACUGAAUACAAUACAGGAGGAGCACUCCAAGGACCUGAAGCUGUUGCAUCUUGAAGUGAUGAAUUUGCGCCAGCAACUGAGAGAUGUAAAGGAGGAAGAUGACAAGGCACAAGAUGAAGUGCAAAGGUUGACUGCCACUCUGGAGAUGGCCUCAGAGACAAAGAAGAAGGCAGCCAUUGUUGAAGAGGAACUGAAGACCACAAAACGAAAAAUGAAUCUUAAAAUUCAGGAGCUAAGGAGACAGCUGUCUCAAGAGAAGUACCUGAGGGAAUCCCUUGAGAAAUCGGGAUCAGCGAUGCUACUCAGAAUACAGGAAAUGGGGUCAACAGUGGAGGUGGAACAGAAACAGGUACAAAUUUUGCAGCAAAACUGCCUCGCCCUACGCAGCUCUAUGCAGAGCACCCAAGAACUACUGACACAGGAGCAACAAAAAAAAGGAGAGUUGGAGACUGCCAUCUCACAGCUGAAGUCUGAUCUAAUUUGUAGAGAGGACCUCAUUUCCAAGUUGGUAGAAGAAAAUAAGACUGUGCAGAUGUCUUUCAACAAGGAACAUGAAGAAAAUGCAUAUUUGAGGUCUGAAAUAAUAUCCCUUCGUGAAAAAGCACAGGUAGAACAGAAAAUGAUGACACAGACAUUUCAAAAACAAAACUUACUCUUGGAUGCAGCCCACUCCAGUAUCUCAAGUGAGCUACAGACUGUUCAGAAUGAGAAAACUCAACUCCAAGCACAUCUGGACCAUUUAAUCCUUGAGCAUAACCAGUAUAUCCAGAAAGUACAGGAUGCUGAAAAGAGGACAGCAAUGCAAAAAGAGCUGCUAGAAUCAACUAUUGCAAGAUUGAAAGGUGAAUUGGAAGCAUCAAGGCAAGAGAAGACGUCUGUGCUGGAAGAGAAUGAAAGGCUUCAGAGAGAGGUUAAUAAAACAGAGAAAGAAAUAGCACAAGAAAAAUGCAAUUUGGAAACGGAAUUAGCUAAAAGCAAGGCAGACAUAACUGCAUUAACACAGAGCCUGCAGACCCUAGAGGAAAAGAAUAAGCACCUGGCAGAUCAGAUGGCUUCCCUAGGACCUCAGCAAGACACUUCUGAUUACCAUGGGCUCGCCCGACAGCAGGUGGAAAUGGUCUUGGGAAAGAUUACUGAGAGUAAAAAUAAACUGGCCUAUGAAAAGGGAAAACUCCAGAUAAAAGUUAAACAGCUAGAAGAACAGCUACAUUCUUUUACUGAAACUUGCUCACAAAAUGACCAUCUACGCAAGUUGAAUAAGGCUCUAGAGGGCAAAUAUACUCAGGUAAAAUCCAUUCUUGAAAAGAAUGAAGAAGAGCUCUCACAAGCAGUGAAGUGUCGUGAUGCAGCCCUGAGAGAGAGUCAGAAGUUGAAAGGGGACCUCGAGGCUUUGGAGGACAGGGAGAACAAGAAGGUGGGAAACUUUCAGCGACAGUUGGCAGAAGCUAAAGAAGACAACUGCAAAGUUACAAUCAUGUUGGAGAAUGUGCUGGCUUCUCACAGUAAGAUGCAAGGUGCUCUGGAAAAAGUACAAACAGAGCUUGGGCGGAGGGAUUCAGAGAUCGCAGGCCUCAAGAAAGAAAGGGCUCUACAUCAACAGAGGGUGCAGAAGUUGGAAGCGGAAGUGGACCAGUGGCAAGCCAGAAUGCUCGUUGUGGAUGCCCAGCACAACUCCGAGAUGGAGCCUCUACAAAAAUCACUAGAUAUGGCUAGAGAAGACAACAGGAAACUGGCUAUGAGCCUGGAGCAGGCUCUCCAGACAAAUAGCCAUCUGCAAACAAAGCUUGACCAUGUCCAAGAGAAACUGGAAAACAAAGAACUUGAACGACAGAAUUUGGAAACCUUCAAUGAACGGAUGACUGAGGAAUCCAAAAUGCAAUUAGAAAUGCAUGCUGAACGCAUGGAAGCUCUAAAAAAGCAGUUUCAAACUGAGAGAGACACUGCAAAGAAAGCAGCACAACGGGAAAUGGCUGAGCUGAAGAAAGCCCUUGAUGAAGCCAACUUCAGAUCAGUGGAAGUAUCCCGGACCAACCGAGAGCUGCGACAGAAACUCACCGAGCUGGAAAAGCUGGUGAACAGUAGCAGGGAGAAAAUAAAGAACCAGAAGUCCCAAAUUAAGCUCCACUUGUCGGCUAAAGCAAAUAAUGCUCAGAAUAUAGAGAGGAUGAAGCAAAUAGAAACAGAAUUGAGGCAAAUGGAGCUGAUUAAGGAUCAAUAUCAGAAAAAAAACUAUGAACAGUCACUGAGUAUCCAGAAGUUUGUAUCUGAGAUGACCAACCUACAGAAAGAGAUGCAACUCCUGGCCAAGAGCCAGUAUGAUACCUCAGCACGGAACAAACAGCAAGAGCUGCGACUCGAGGCAGAGCGGAAAAUAAGGCAGGAACUAGAAUACCGGUGCCGGGAAUUGGAAGAAACAGUCAGACACCUGAAGAAAUGUAAAGAGACAACAGAGAAUAAACUGAAAGAAGCCAGUGUGGAAUCCGAACAGAUGGCUCAGAGUAAGUUUCAAUAAAUGUUAACUGCCUUCUCAUUCGCCAUACAAGAGGAGAUAUGAUGUACAAUGCCAUUUCAAGCAUCUUUCCCUCCACUCCUGGAAAAAGUGCUGGAGAAAGGUGGGGUUGGGUUUGCUUUGGUUUUGGGGGGGUGGGAGUGUCGCUGCCAUCAGGGUGCACAAACAGACCUGGAAAAUAUUUUGGCUUUGUAGCUUUCUAAAAGUUAAAUGACUAGGGGAACUCUAUUUUCUUAUCUCACUCUUUUGUACCUACACUGUGACCUGGCUAAUAUAGGACAAGUACAUGGUAGCAUAUUGUUUACUGAGGAUCUACUAAAUGGCAGGUGCCAGGUGAUGGGGAUAUGAUGUCCUCUUAGAUGUCAGAUUCAAAAGUGAAAAGGCUAUCCAUGACACAAGUCAUUUUACUUAUUAUUCUAGUAGGAUAUGUUCUGGAGCUGCUUUGAAGGAAUAUUCAUAUAAAAUAAAAAUCUGCUGGCUCUACCUUCAAAAUACUAGUCUCCCAAAGUACUUAGAAAAGUGCCGGUAUAUAUGCACUCAAUAAAUAUUUGUCAAAUACAUAAUAUUGAUUCCUGUUCUUCUUCAAAGACAAACUAUCAGAGGGACUGUUUUCAAGUCUAACAAAGAUAACUUGGAAGUUUGUGCUUAUGAGCUAAAAUAUAAAUUUUUAUGAUAAAGGAAAAAGAAUACAACUUACAUUAAGCUGAUCCAGUUUUCUACUAAUUCAUUCUAUUACUUUCUAUUACUAUUACUACAAAGCACAACAGGAGAAUCUAACCUUUACAGGUUAAGGACUUUGGAGAAGUAGAGAAUAGAACUCAGAAAUUCAAAAUAUGGUUUGAACUGCAUAUUCA